AUGUCCCAAUUCGAGCCCGUGGUCGUUAUCGAUGGCAAGGGACAUCUCCUUGGUCGUCUGGCCAGUAUUGUGGCCAAGCAGCUUCUUGAAGGCCAAAAGAUCGUUGUUGUGAGAUGCGAGGACCUCAACAUCUCAGGCGAGUUCUUCAGGAACAAGCUUAAGUACCACGCAUACCUCAGGAAGGGUAACAGGUUCAACCCUACCCGCGGUCCCUUCCACUUCCGCGCUCCUUCCCGCAUUUUCUACAAGACCGUUCGUGGCAUGAUCUCGCACAAGACCGCCCGUGGACAAGCCGCUCUCGAGCGCCUUAAGGUUUUCGAGGGUAUCCCUCCCCCAUACGACACCAAGAAGCGCCUCGUCGUUCCCCAAGCCCUGAGGAUCUUGAGGCUGAAGCCCGGAAGGAAGUACUGCACAGUCGGAAGACUGAGCACGGAGGUUGGCUGGAAAUACGAUGAUGUUGUCAAGAGGCUCGAGGAGAAGAGAAAGGUCAAGUCCAAGGCUUACUACGCCAGGAAGUUGGCUCUCGCCAAGAGGCUGGGCGAGGCACAGAAGAACACCGCUACCAACAAGGAGGAAUUGGCGGCCCUCGGGUACUAG